AUGUUGGUUCAAUCAAAUGGUCCUAUGAUUGCUGGAAGUGGAGAUAUUGAGAAAUUUUGUAAGAACGAAUUAUAUCCUAAAGAAGUAGUAUAUUCUACAAACGCCAAUACUAACUCGGAGUUAGAAAAAUUUUGGAAGUUAGAGACGAUUGAUAUUCAAAAAUCAUCUCAAGAUGAUGAUGAUGAUCAAGCUUUAAAGCAUUUCAAACGAACCAUCAUCAAGCAGGGUGGAAGAUAUCAGGAUGAGGUAGGCGUUAUUCAUUACUUACCACAUCAUGAAGUAUUAACUCCUAGUAAAUCAACAACUAAAUUAAGAAUAGUAUAUGAUGCCUCAGCACAUCACAAAGGUUUUAAAAGCUUAAAUGAAGUACUACAUCGAGGUCCAGUAAUGCUACCGGAUUCAGUUGGAGUAAUAUUACGUUUUCGGAUGAUGAAAAUAGUAAUAACCGCUGAUAUCGAAAAGCAUUUUUACAACUAG